CAGUCUUUUAAGGUGGAGUGACCGCGGUGGUGGAGGGCUGAGGUGCGUUUCUGCCCAAAGCCACUCCCUUUUUUUUCUGAACGCUUUACCUUGACUCAGGGCGGUUCCGCAGACAUAAACAUCCCAGAGCUCCUCUGCGCUGCUGUAGCACAUGGAUCUAAUAUCCCGGGAAUAAUCUGGACGGGUUCAGGAUGAGCAGGACCUACAGCAUCCUCCUCUUUAGCAUUUCCAUAUCUGCCUCACAAGAGUCUUUGUUUAACAACAGUCGACGACCAAAACCCAUCCACCAUGGGGUACAUCCAGAAGACAAAGAAUGUUUUGAAGUGUGUGCUUCUCCUUCCCGUUGUAUUAUGCAUCGUUUACUUCACAGGUCCAUCUGUUCGGCUCAUGAUAGGAUUGCUGCCGAUGCAGAGGUGUACGUUGGGAAGUGCAGAGAUGCUGAUCCUGGAUAACGCUGCUGAUGCCAGACUUGAUCUUCAGUCCCGGCCUGAUGUGCAGACUUGCACAUCCUGGAGAGCUCCCAUCAUUUGGGAAGGGAUGUUUGACCCCGAUCUUUACGACCAGACCCACAGAAAACAAGGAUCUUCUGUGGCAUUAACUGUGUUUGCAGUUGGCAGGUACUUGGAUGCUUACCUGGAGGCCUUCCUGAAUUCAUCAGAACAUCACUUCAUGUUGGGUUUACCGGUGUCGUAUUACGUGUUUACAGACACACCUGAGAAAGUCAAGAGCAUCAAACUCGGCCCUCGGCGAAGUCUUAGAGUGAUCCAAGUGCAGAGACACACCAGGUGGCAGGACAUCUCUAUGAUGCGAAUGAAGACCAUUUCAGACACCAUAGAGUCAGAUAUUCGGCACCACUGCACACACGUCUUCUGUUUUGAUGUGGAUCAGGUGUUUACUGGGAGAUUUGGGCCUGAAGCUCUGGGAGAUUCUGUUGCUCUGCUUCACGCCCACUACUAUCACCUUCCAGGGAAGCUGUUCACCUACGAUCACAACCCAAAGUCCCAGGCGUACAUGGAAACCGGGGACUUUUACUACCACGCUGCUGUCUUUGGAGGAUCCUGGAAGGACGUGAAGGCCUUGACUGAGGCGUGUUAUAAAAGCAUCAUGGAGGACAAACAAAACAACGUGGAGGCUUUGUGGCAUGACGAGAGUCAUCUAAACAAAUACUUCUGGAUUCACAAACCGAGCAGGAUUCUUUCUCCAGAGUACUGCUGGGACACCAGCAUUGGAUACAGGAGUGACAUACGGGUCUUUAGACUCCUGUGGGCACCAAAGCACUAUAAUAAGCUGCGCACAUGAGCUCUGGAUCACAGGUGCAGUAAUGUGCAAAGUUAUCAUAAAAACUGUGCAAAAUGCAAGACUCUGGACAAGAUUCAAAGCAAGUUUCUAACAAAAUGUAGUUUUAGUAGUCUUUAAAGCAAAUGAAUGUUAUUGUCCAAAGAAUUAGUCCAAAUAAAAAGUUAAAAACUAAAUGGACCUUUUAACAAUGUUUGGCAGUUGAAACUGUAUGGUACCAUUGAUUUUGUUUUAAAAAGUUUCAGAUCUCUGAGUGAAUAGUGAUGUUCUGAAUCAUUCCUAAUUCUAAUCUUGCUGCUAUGUUAAAAGUGCAAAAGCAGCGUUUGAAUUUUAAAUAUGUUGUAGCAGGUCUCAGUGAAACGGCGUCCUGGUCAGCUCAAAGCGUUUUUUCAUUUUAGGAUUUUAGAUUGCCGAUAUUGUUCUUAUUGACAGGAGAGUUGGAAUGAUGUUUACUUCUUCCUUGUUGAAAACGUUCAAUAGACAAACUGUUUAAGAGUUUUGUCAGCAGGUGGAAAUAAAUGCAUGAACAUGUUUGCAGACAGA